AUGCGUCCCUGUCUCUUCGAAACGAGUCCAGAUGCUCGUUUGAUAGGUAAAAAUGGCUGUUCAAUCUGGCCAUUGAAGCGAGGUGCCAUCUCGUCCAAGGCAUAUUUUCGUCCUUUCUUUUAUCUUGUCUACGUUUUCUUUUGUCGUUUUCUUUAUUUAUUUAUACUCUUCUCGGCUUAUUUUCGCCUUUUCUAUACUUUUUUCUCUUUUCUGUUUUCUUAUCUCUUCUCAUUCUCUUUUAGUCUUAUCUUUGGCCUUUCUAUCUUUUUAUUUACUUUUUUUCUUUUUCUCUAUCUAUUUCCAUUAACUUCUUGGCCUAUUUUCGUCAUUUCUCCUCUCCAUUUUUCUGCCUAUUUUCUUCUUUUCUUUUUUCCCUUUUUUUUUCUUUUUCUCAUUUUCUUUCUCCAUAUAUCUAAGGAAAGGAAAGUUUACCGCCUUUUUCAGAAGCAGAAUCCGUUGUUCACCUUCUAA